AGAGGGUAUGUUCUUUCUAGGGAGGGUGACGUAUAGUAUGGGAAGGAAAUAGAAACCGUUCGGUUGCGUAUGUGUGAGAUGUAGGCUGGGUUGUGUGUAUUUCGCAAACCCAUGGAGGGUUGAAAUCGUAGCAGAGGAAAACACGGAUAGCAGCAGCAAUAUUAUUGGACAGCAAGGUUGCCAAAAUAAUUGACUGGGUCAAUUAAUACAGGAAAGCUCUGGAAAAAAAAACAGAGAAAGUAAGAAACGGAGGAGAAGAGAAAGAAGAGGCUUUCUUCCUAUUAGUGGAAAAUAGACCACUAGUAAGCCACGAGAUGCGUUCUGUGGGGCACCUCCGGGCUCCUUCCCUGUCCAUCCUCAUAGUUCAAACCAUCUUGUUCCUGGUCGACUGCGCCAGCUCUUGUACUGGUAGCCAGCAUGAAGAUGACUUUGGGAGAGCAGCAUGCUUGAAAAUGGAUCAGGCGCUACUUUUAAUUCAUAAUGAAUUAAAUCUUGAAGGAUUUGUUGUCAGUUGGCGUUCUGAUCAGUGCUUCCAGUGCCUGUAUCAAGUUUUAAUUGAUGUUAAUGCUACAAAUGAUGUAAGUACAGCGGUGGACACCAGACACUCCCUUACUCUUCAACUGAAUGGCACCUCACGGAAAAAAGAACUGUGUCGUAUACACUACAGAUUUAGUGAAUAUGGAAAUUAUUCCUUGUGGGUGAAGCUCAACCUUUCUGAAAGCACCAAUGUAACGUGCAGCAUUGUAAUCAACCAGAAUCCAGGCUACAGCUACCUUCCCAUCCUUAUAGCUUUAUUGAUGUACCUGGCCAUUUUCUGCAUCUACGCCUUGGGAUCUUUUAUUUUUAGACUUGGUGCUGUCCAGAACUGGCUAUGUAAAAAAAUGAAUCCUAUCGAAACAGACCGGCUCAUAAAUUCUGAGUUGGGAUCCCCAAACAGAGCAGAUCUUUGCAACCACGAAAUACAUGUAGCAUGGAAUUCUUCUUCCCAAAGACUCCGUUCUCUUGACACAUUCAGAGGGCUUGCUCUCAUAAUCAUGGUAUUUGUUAAUUAUGGUGGAGGAGGCUACUGGUUCUUCAAACACCAGAGCUGGAAUGGUUUAACACUAGCAGAUCUUGUUUUUCCAUGGUUUGUUUUUAUCAUGGGAGCCUCCAUUUACUUGUCUCUGAACUCCAUGCUCCGAAAAGGCACUACCCGGUGGAAACUUUUUUGGAAAGUACUAUGGAGGAGUAUUCAACUUUUCCUCAUUGGAUUAUUUAUUAUAAAUGAAAACUACUGCCGUUACCCUUUGUCUUGGAAUGAACUACGCAUUAUGGGUGUUCUUCAGAGACUAAGCUUGACAUAUCUUAUGGUUUCUGCUUUGGAGUUACUCUUUGCCAAGCCUACACUGGAUGUUCCUCCUAGGAGCCGGAUAUGUUUCCUUUUUCAAGAUUUGAUUUCCUUUUGGCCUCAGUGGGGUUUAAUACUCUUUCUAGAAGCAGUCUGGUUGUGUUUAACUCUUUUGUUACCAGUUCCAGGUUGCCCAGUAGGCUAUCUGGGUCCCGGUGGAAUUGGAGAUUUUGGCAAGUUUCCAAACUGUACAGGAGGAGCGGCUGGUUAUAUUGAUCGCUUGGUUAUUGGUGAAGCACACAUUUAUCAACAUCCAUCUUCCAAUGUGAUCUAUAAGACAACAAUCCCUUAUGACCCUGAAGGAAUACUUGGAACCAUAAAUUCUGUUGUAAUUGCAUUUUUGGGUCUUCAGGUUGGGAAAGUACUCGUGUAUUACAAGAAUCAGCACAGACAGGUGUUAGUGAGCCUAUUUACAUGGGGUGUCUUCAUGGGGGUUGUGUCAGCAAUUUUAACAAAAUGUUCCACAAAUGAAGGUUUCAUUCCAGUGAAUAAAAAUCUGUGGUCCAUCUCCUAUGUGACAACUCUGAGCUGUUUUGCAUUCUUUCUCCUGGUGCUCAUAUAUUUUCUGGUAGAUGUAAAGAAGCUUUGGUCAGGUGCCCCAUUUUACUAUCCUGGAAUGAACUCUAUUCUUAUUUACGUGGGCCAUGAAGUGUUCAAAAAUUAUUUCCCCUUUAAAUGGAAAAUGCAGAACACCAAGUCGCAUGGUGAGCACCUUACCCAGAACCUUCUAGCUACUUCUAUCUGGGUGCUGAUAUCCUACAUCCUUUACAGAAAACGGAUAUUUUGGAAGAUCUAAGAAAAUCCCAAGCAUCCUCUUGUAUCAGGAUGUAAUUCGGACUACAGUACAGACCUAUGCCUCUUCCAUGAGCCUGCCCCAUGUCAAUCUCUGUGGCCUACCCAUGUUACAGCCAUCACUCCACUUUCUGAUCCUCCUAUGCUUCCGUUGCACAUGCUCCUCUUGCUGUCACAGCCAAUUAAGGACUGUGAGAGAGCAGGGAGGCUGGCCCUGGUACACCAGUAAUUGUUGAAAUGCCCACCAUCAGUAGGGUACAACCAAGACUGCAGCUUUUGUACAACGCUUUACUUACUGAUCAAGCCAUUAUUGGACUCAGAAAAACAAACAUGAUCCAGCUCUGGUUAUUUAAAGUUGCAUCUCAGUUAUUUAUUUAUUUCUACCGUGGUCUUAAAUGUGUACCAUUUGUGUAUUCUUUCCAAUAAUGAGAAGUGUUUACAUUUUUAUUCAUAAAUCAUAUUUAGAUGUAACAGUUAUGCUGAUCAGCAACCUAAACUUUAAAAUCUGUAGCAGUGCCUUGUUACUUGUAAUGUACUCCGAGUACUAGCUGCUAUGCAUUUAAAAAAAAAAAAAAAAUGGUGGUAGGGGCUC